AUGGCUGCUCCUAGCAGAAAAAAGGCAUUGAGGUUCUUUUCGCAAUUCGGAGCGUUUAUCCUGACCCGAUUUGGGUUUUGGAACUGUUUCAGCAUGCUGAUGCUUUUUGCCGAGCGGGCUGAUGUGAAGAGAAAACCUGAUAUCGAGGUGCCCUAUCUGUACAUAGAUAUGGGAGUUUCAGUAUUGUGCGCCAGCUUCAUGUCCUUUGGGGUGAAGAGGAGAUGGUUUGCCCUUGGAGCAGCCAUUGAACUGGCUUUCAGUACAUAUGUGUCUUAUGUUGGCGGGAGGGUGCACUAUGGCGACUGGUUGAAGGUUCGGAUGUACUCCAGGGCACUGGCUAUAAUUGGAGGGUUUCUGGUACUGGCCAGUGGUGCUGGAGAAGUAUACCGACAGAAGCCUCGUACCCGUUCACUACAGUCCACUGGACAGGUCUUCUUGGGGAUAUACCUGAUAUGUGUGGUUUACUCUCUUCAGCAUAGCCAGGAAGACAGACAGGCUUUCCUCAACCACAUCCCAGGUGGAGAGAUCACUAUUCAGCUGCUAGUCCUUGUGUUUGGAGUGUUGGCUCUAUCCUUCCUCUCUGGCUGCUAUGUAAGGCUUUCUGCCCAAAUCCUGGCCACUUUGCUCCCUCUGGUGGUGCUCUUUAUUGACGGUAACCUUGGUUACUGGCAUCAUACGCGACGCGUGGAGUUCUGGAACCAGAUGAAACUCAUCGGGCAGAACGUGGGGAUCUUUGGGGCGGUGCUUAUUUUAGCCACUGACGGCUGAGGAACCGAACGUAAGAAGAGGCAUCUGAAGCUCAGCCAGCGUAGAAAGUUGCCUGUUUUGGAAUAAUGGCUGAGUUGAAACCUUAAUCUCAGGGGAUGACUUGACUUGAUAAAGGGAUAAUGGUUGCUGUCUCUCAGGCUGAAAAGACCUGUCACACUCAUAUAUCCUACAGGUGAGGUGGAUAACAGCCUUACUUCAUCCUGUAGUCAGAAUGUCCUUUACCUUCAGCAUCAACCUUCACUUUCAAAAAGGAAAAUCAAGAGCCUCCUAACGCCUUU